AUGAACACUGGAGGAGAAAAAUCACAGGACCGGGCCAUUGUCAGAAUAGCAGCUCAUUUACCAGACCUCAUUGUCUAUGGCGAUUUCUCUCCAGAGCGGCCCUGUUUGGAUUAUUUUGAUGGAGUCCUAAUGUUUGUUGAUAUUUCAGGUUUUACUGCAAUGACUGAGAAGUUCAGCACAUCCAUGUACAUGGACCGAGGGGCUGAGCAGUUGGUGGAGAUCCUCAACUACUACAUAAGUGCCAUAGUGGAGAAAGUGUUGAUUUUUGGAGGAGACAUCCUAAAAUUUGCAGGUGAUGCGCUGUUAGCCCUGUGGAAGGUAGAACGAAAGCAGCUGAAAAACAUUAUCACGGUGGUAAUUAAAUGUAGCCUGGAGAUCCAUGGAUUGUUUAAGACACAGGAGUCUGAAGAAAGCCCAGAUGUCCAAGUCAAGAUAGGGCUGGCUGCCGGCCACAUCACCGUGUUGGUCUUUGGAGACGAAACACGCAACCACUUUCUGGUGAUUGGCCAGGCGGUGGAUGAUGUGCGCCGUGCACAGAACAUGGCACAGAUGAAUGAUGUCAUUAUGUCACCAAACUGCUGGCAGCUUUGUGACCGGAGCAUGAUUGAAAUUGAGAGGAUUCCAGAUCAGAGAGCAGUUAAGGUUAACUUCUUAAAACUGCCCCCUACUUUUAACUUUGAUGAAUUUUUCACGAAGUGUAUGACCUUCAUGAAUUAUUAUCCUUCUGGCAGUGACAAAAGCCUCCUGAGGCUGGCGUGCAUGCUGGAGUCUGAUCCUGAACUGGAGUUGUCUCUACAAAAGUUUGUGAUGGAAAUCAUUUUGAAGCAGAUUGAUGACAAACAGCUUCGGGGUUAUUUGUCUGAACUUCGCCCAGUGACAAUUGUGUUUGUGAACCUGAUCUUCAAAGAGCAAAAUAAAGCAGAAGUCAUAGGCCCUGCCAUCCAGGAUGCCUGUGUGCACAUCAACUCUGUCCUAAAGGUCUUCCGAGGCCAAAUCAAUAAAGUCUUCAUGUUUGACAAGGGCUGUUCCUUCCUCUGUGUCUUUGGUUUUCCUGGAGAAAAGGCGCCCAAUGAGGUCACUCAUGCUUUGGAAAGUGCUGUGGACAUAUUUGAUUUCUGUUCUCAGGUUUACAAAAUCCGCACUGUGUCCAUCGGCGUUGCCAGCGGGAUUGUCUUCUGUGGGAUCGUGGGACACACUGUGAGGCACGAGUACACAGUCAUUGGUCAAAAAGUCAACAUAGCUGCCAGGAUGAUGAUGUACUACCCAGGAAUCGUGACCUGUGACUCUGUUACCUACAAUGGCAGCAACCUACCAGCCUACUUUUUUAAAGAGCUUCCGAAGAAAGUUAUGAAAGGUGUUGGAGAUUCUGGACCAAUCUAUCAGUGUUUGGGCCUUAAUGAGAAAGUCAUGUUUGGUAUGGCAUACCUCAUCUGCAACAGAAAUGAGCGUUACCCUUUGCUGGGACGUGAUAAGGAGAUCAAAUACUUCAUGUGUAUUAUGAAGGAAUUUUUGAUAUCUAACUGCAGCCGAGUACUGAUGUAUGAAGGAUUAUCAGGAUAUGGAAAAAGCCAGAUACUUAUGGAAAUCAUGUACCUGGCCCAAGGUGAGAACCACAGGAUUAUUGCUAUUGCAUUAACUAAGAUCAGCUUCCAUCAAACUUUUAAUACCAUCCAGAUACUCAUGGCCAAUGUAUUAGGUCUGGAUACUUGUAAACAUUAUAAAGAACGACAGACCAACCUUCAAAAUAAAGUCAAGACACUGUUGGAUGAAAAGUUCCACUGUCUUCUUAAUGACAUUUUCCAUGUCCAGUUUCCAAUUUCACGGGAGGUUUCCAGGAUGAGCUCCUCCAGAAAGCAAAAGCAAUUGGAAACAUUGUUUAUGAAGAUUUUGGAGCAAACAGUGAAAGAGGAAAGAAUCAUUUUCAUCAUCGAUGAGGCCCAGUUUGUGGAUUCAACCUCCUGGGCCUUUAUGGAGAAGCUUAUCCAGACUAUUCCUAUCUUCAUCAUCAUGUCCCUGUCUCCCUUCAUCGAUAUGCCCUGUGCAGCUGCCAGUGCCAUAAUGAAGAACAGGAACACCACCUUUGUCAGCCUUGGUGCAGUGCAGCCGAAGGACAUCUGCAGCAAGGUCUGUCUUGACCUCAACGUGAGCAGCAUCCCCAAAGAACUGGACUUGUACCUCGUGGAGGGAAGCUGUGGAAUUCCAUUUUACUGUGAAGAAUUGCUAAAAAAUCUCGAGCAUCACAGGGUACUCAUUUUCCAUCAAAUGGAGUCUGAGGAAAAGACAGAUGUGACCUGGAAUAACCUGUUCAAGAAUUUCACUAAGCCGACAGAGGUCUUAAACCUAUUUGCUGUCACUACUGAGGACAGAAAUGAAGUCUGUAACCUUGCAAGUGGUGUCAGACUGAAAAACUUGUCACCACCAGCAUCAUUAAAAGAGAUCUCUCUGGUCCAGCUGGAUAGCAUGAGCCUCUCCCUCCAAAUGCUGGUGAGAUGUGCUGCCAUCACUGGUCUGACCUUCACUACGGUGUUGCUGUUUGAGAUUCUCCCGUGUUGGAACAUGAAGAUGAUGAUCAAAGCCCUGGCAACACUAGUGGAAUCUAACAUUUUCGAUUGCUUCCGGAAUGGCAAGGAACUUCGAAUGGCCCUGAAACAGAAUGCAGCCUCAUUUGAGGUGAAUUAUCGGUCUUUGUCUCUGAAGCCCAGUGAAGGGAUGGCUCACGGUGAAGAGGAAGAGCUUCGGGAACUGGAAAGCGAGGUGAUUGAGUGCCACAUCAUUCGAUUCUGCAGGCCUGUGAUGCAGAAAACAGCCUACGAGCUGUGGCUCAAGGACCAGAAGAAAGCCAUGCACUUGAAAUGUGCACGAUUUUUAGAAGAAAUUGCACACAGAUGUGACCACUGCAGAAGCAGGGACUUCAUUCCCUAUCACCACUUCACAGGGAACAUUCGGCUCAACACUUUGGACCUGGAUACCAUCAAGAAAAUGGUUAAAUCCCAUGGACUUGAAAUUGAAGAAAUGAACAUCUUUUCCAAAGCAGAGAUUCCUAAGAAAUCUGAGUUUUGUCCCGAAAAUCUCAGUCUUGAAGAAAAGAAAGAAAAGAUUUUGAAUUUCUUUGACACCGUUAUAACAAGAAUGAAGAUAUCUGAGGAAGACAUCAUCCCUCUAGAGUCUUGCCAGUGUGAGGAGAUCCUAGAAACUGUCAUCUUGCCUCUGGCCCACCAUUUUCUGGCUUUGGGAGAAAACAACAAAGCCUUAUAUUACUUCCUAGAAACUGCAUCUGCUUAUCUCAUCUUGGAUGAUAACUAUAUGGCAUAUGUGUAUUUGAAUGAGGGAGAGAGGUUGCUAAAAACUCUCAGGAAGAAAGAAUCCUGGAGUCAGACUUUUGAGUCUGCCACCUUUUAUAGCCUCAAAGGUCAGGUCUGUUUCAAUAUGGGCCAGAUGGUGCUUGCCAAGAAAAUGCUGAGGAAGGCCCUGAAGCUCCUCGACCGAGUCUUUCCUUACAACUUAAUGUCCCUGAGCUUCCAUACCCAUGUUGAGAAAAACAGACAUUUUUCUUAUUUGAAGCAGCAGGCCAAAGAGAGUUCACCUCCAGGGAAGAAGCGGCUGGCACAACUUUACCGCCAGAGCGUCUGCUUCUCCUUGCUGUGGCAGAUCUACAGCUUCAAUUAUUUUUUUCACCACAAGUAUUUCGGCCACCUGGCAGCUUUGAUGCAAGUGAACACUGCACUGGAAACUCAAAAUGAUUUCCAGAUCAUUAAGGCUUACCUGGACUAUUCGCUAUACCACCAGCUGGCUGGCUACAAGGGUGUGUGGUUCAAAUAUGAACUCAUGGCCAUGGAGAAGAUCAUCGACCUCCCCCUGCAAGGUGAGGGCAUUGAAAUCGUGGCAUACAUGGCUGAUACACUGGGCUACAUCAAGCUCGUAACGGGUCACCUGGACUUGGCCAUUGAGCUAGGCUCUCGAGCCCACAAGAUGUGGGCACUGCUCCAGAAUCCCAACAAACACUAUCGAGUCCUCUGCAGACUUAGUAGAUCUCUCUUCUUGAAAAGCAGAUACAAGAAAUUGAUCAAGGUGCUAGAGUGGCUGUGGGAUCUUUCUGUAUCAGAAGAGCACAUCCUCAGCAAGGCAUUUUUCUAUUUUGUCUGCUUGGACAUCAUGCUUUAUUCUGGCUUUGUUUAUCGAACAUUUGAAGAAUGUUUGGAAUUCAUAUACCAAAAUGAAGACAACAGAAUCCUCAAGUUCCAAAGUGGAAUCCUCCUGGGACUUUAUUCGUGUACAGCAAUCUGGUAUGCCCGACUUCAGGAAUGGGACAACUAUUACAUAUUUUCCAAUAGAGCUAAAAAUCUAGUGCCAAGAAGAACCCCAACAGUUUUUUACUACGAAGGAAUAACUAGAUACAUGGAGGGCCAAGUUCUCCACCUUCAAAAGCAAAUUCAAGAACAAUCUGAGAAUGCCCAGGACAGUGGAGUUGAGCUACUCAAGAAAUGGUGGUACUCAACCUCUGAGUUAACAGUAGACCAAUGGCUUCAAACAACCUUGAGUCUCCCAUCAUGGGACCAAAUCGUUUCAGGCAAGGUAAACAUUCAGGAUAUUCAAAAAAACAAGUUCCUGAUGAGAGUUAAUAUCCUGGACAAUCCUUUCUAACAUUUCAUGAAAAGAACAAAGAUUUAGUAAGAUCCAGCCCCUUGUGAUGAUCUAUUAUUGACCUUUCUCUGCAGCCAGCACCCUCCAGGUCCCUGUCUACGCUCUUCUGUUCUGCACACAGAACCAGAUGUGUUUAAUUUCUUCUCUUUCUGGGGUGUUAAAAAGGGUCAGCAGUAUCUUGCUUUAUUUUCUUGUCACUUCACACAAAUUGCCUUUACCUUUCAUAUUGUUUUAGCUUGACCUGUUUAUUUUAGCCAGUGUGAAAUUGUGUCAUAUGGGAAAAUACUAAUAUCAGGGUAGUGUAACAUCUUGUGUUAUGACAGACAUGUUUCCAGUUAAUGUAUUCAACUAAAAAUGCUUGUUUUAUAAUGUCUAGUUGUUAAAUCUUUUGGAGAUAGCACAUUAUUAUAAAUAGCAAGCUUUUGUCAUGGUUUGUAAGGACAAGAUUCAAAAAGACACAUCUUUUGUAGUGCCUGAUGCAGCUUUCAAAGCCAGGGUGAUGUCCCAGCCCCUCUAACCACAUACAUUAAAUAUCUGUAGAAAUAAAAUUUUUAAAAAUUGAAAUAUUAA